AUGUCAGACAAGGUGGAUGCGGAAGUCUCCGUGUCCCCGGUCCAAUGUCCAAAAUCUAGUACCGAGACAGACGUGGUGAGCACAUCCCGUCCGCCUUCGUCGGACACGCGCACGUCCUUACUGAAGGAGAUCGAGGACCUGAAGCAUGAGCACGCGCAUACGCAAGCGAAUGCAAUGCAGUUAGUUGUGGAUAUUCGUGCGAUGCGGAAAUGUUUAGACGAGUCAGAACAAGACACGGAGGAGCUCAGCCAAAUAGUAGAUGCCACAGCCGAUGCCGUGGACUCUCUCUGUGCAGAGGUCAUUGCCGACACUCCAACGCUCAGUCCUUAUGCACACGAGGAUACUGCGGCCUCAGCACCUCUUGAGAAGUCGACGUCGGAGAUUGCACGCAAGCGUAAAUCGCCCGAAGAGCGCAACGCGGAGCGACGAGCAAAACGAGUGCGUCUGACAUACAAGCAUUCAAAUGCACCCACAGAUGGCGGGACGGUGGCGCGGCCAGCCAGCAAACAUGCUCUCUCGGGAGAGCGGGAGCAAUCGCAAAGCCCUAAACGAGCUCACCUGCAACCCUCCGGCAUGCCUCCUCCAGCCCCUUCAGGCCUUCGCGACCGAGACGCUUCGUGUAUUUAUUCCACGAUUGGUAAACGAUUGGCUCCCGCAGAGUUUACGGAAAAAGAUGCGAGAACUAACAAGAAGGCUCGCGAAGAUCAGCCCAACGUAGUCCUGCACAUCAAGAUCCCAGCACGGAAGCUGAACGAUGAGCAGGCCAAAGUCGUUCAUAUCAAGCUCUUUGCAAAAGCUAAAGACUGGAAAGCUAUACGGGAAAUUGAAUGCCACUGCUCCCAAGACGGAAGCCUGAAUCUUCUUCAGGUCGCAGCACAGCUCGGUGUACAUGGCAAAUGUCGUGUGGUCGAUCCUCAUAAUUUCCGACCAUUCCAUGAAUACGCGCCAGGUAUUGUAGAAAGCGGAGACGUCGAGACCUUGACGAAGGACCAGCACGGCGGCGCGCAUGAGAAUGGCUCAGCAAGGAAGAGGGCACCUGCGCAGAAGAGGGCGUUACGAGGAAGCCCUCAGGGCAUCGAAGUGGGCGAGGAAAAGGGCGGCGACGACGGGACUGGAGCAGAAGAGGGCGAUGGCGUCGACAACGACAAUGGCGAGGAGGGCAUGGGCGAGGAGGAGGAGGCAGACACGGCGAUGGAAGAACUGGCCGAUAUCGCAGGGAUGAUGGAAAUUUGA